GUCAGCCUUCACCUGUUAGUUGUUGUUGUCGUUAAGGCCACUACCACACGUCGCUCCUUCUGACCCUUCGUACGCGCAGUGUUGGUGAGCCCCUCGAGGCGUGCCAGCCAAGAUGUUGAUGCCCAAAGCAAACAGAGUAGCCAUCUAUGAGCACCUCUUCAAAGAGGGUGUGAUGGUGGCCGAGCGUGACCUCUUUAUGCCAAAGCACCCAGAACUCGAGAAGAUCCCAAACCUACACGUUAUUAAGGCCCUCCAGAGUUUGAAGUCCCGAGGCUAUGUGGAACAGAACUUUGCUUGGCGCCAUUAUUACUGGAGGCUGACUAAUGAGGGAAUCCAGUACCUGCGUGAUUAUCUUCACCUUCCUGCUGAAAUUGUACCAGCAACCCUAAAGAAGCCCACUCGUCCAGAAGGUCGACCAAGACCUCUGCACAGUCGUCCUGAAGGGCCACGUGGAGAAGGUUCUCGUGAUGCUUACCGGCGAGCUCCAUCGGGUAUUGAUAAGACUGGUGAUGCUGGUGCUGGAUCAGCUCCCAUGGAAUUCCGUGGUGGAUUUGGUCGUGGCACCAAGAGGCCUCAGUAAAGUGUAAAUAAACAAGAAAAAAAAGGACA